ACCAGUGGUUGAUUAGCGCUUGAACUGGACGGUCCAGCACACAUUCUUCUCGCCAGAGCAAACUUGGACGUAGGUCCUUCAAUCUUGAACUCCCCUCUCUCUUUCUCUGGCGCGCGUAAUUUUAGCCUUUCUCGAGGAAGCUAUUUUUGUCCGGAAAAACUCUACGGCUUCCCGCGACACAUCUGGUGAAACCAUCCCCUCAACAAUCCCCUAAUUUUAGGAGUGCCAAUCACUUGUCAAUCGAUAUCUCGCGCGGGGGGAAAUCUUCGUGACCGCGGAAAAACUCGCCGCGCGAAAAUUAUCAGUUAGAAGUUCGCGGGUUGGCUGAUCGGUCAGACGGACUAGCGCGAGUACCUUAAGGUGUUUGUUAAGCAGUGGAGUUUAGUGAAAAGUACAAAAAAUGAUCCUGAAGAAGCUGCUAACCGGAAGUGGGAGUGUCGUCGGGUUGGUGCGACAACUUGGGGGAAGUGGCGUCACGACGACGACAACGGUUGUGAGGACCAGCCAACAGCAGCGAUUCUUUUCCAUCGGGAAGAAAAGCAGUCCCAAGAUAUUGAUCACAGGCGGACUCGGCCAGCUGGGGACGGAGUGCGCGAAGCUGCUGCGCGGCACCUACGGCGAGGACAGCGUCAUCCUGUCCGACAUCAUCAAACCGAGCGAGGAGAUCGUCAACAGCGGGCCGUACAUCUUUGCCGAUAUUUUAGACUUUAAGGGCCUGCAGAAGAUCGUGGUCGAUCACCGGGUCGACUGGAUCAUCCACUUUUCCGCCCUGUUGAGUGCCAUCGGCGAGCAGAACGUCCCGCUGGCCGUGCGCGUCAACAUCGAGGGCCUGCACAACGUGAUCGAGCUGGCCAAGCAGUACAAACUGAGGGUGUUCGUGCCGAGUACGAUCGGAGCGUUCGGGCCGGACAGCCCGCGCAAUCCGACGCCAAAUGUGACCAUCCAGCGCCCGCGGACGAUUUACGGAGUGUCGAAGGUGCACGCAGAGUUGAUUGGGGAGUAUUAUCACCAUAAGUUCGGGCUGGACUUUCGCUGUUUGCGGUUUCCGGGAGUCAUCUCGAGCGAUCCGCCGGGCGGUGGCACCACUGACUACGCCGUGGCGAUCUUCUUCGAGGCGCUCAAAUCGGGCAAAUACGAGUGCUACCUCAAGCCGGACACGCGGCUGCCGAUGAUGUACAUUGACGACUGUUUGCGGUCGCUGCACGAGUUCAUGACCGCACCGGAGGAGAAGCUAGAGCGCCGGGUGUACAACGUGACGGCCAUGUCCUUUACGCCGGAGGAGCUGGUCAACGAGCUGGCGAAGCAUAUUCCAGAGAUCCACGUGAGCUACCGGCCCGACUCGCGCCAGGCCAUCGCAGACUCGUGGCCACAGGUCUUUGACGACCAGGACGCGCGCCGUGACUGGGGCUGGCAGCAUCAGUACGACUUGGAGAAGCUGGUCAGCCUCAUGGUCAAAGAUGUGCGGGAGAAUUACGUGAACAAGGGACUAAGCAAUGUUUGAAAUCGGAAUUACCCGUACACACGCGCAUGUUCAUACCUUUCAACUUUAUUACUUGUAUGCAAUCUUGAAUAAAAGUGCUCUUUCGAAAUAUUC